GUUCGAUCUAUGCGUCGAUCACCAGACGGACAUGGGGAGGAGGUUGGACCGGACGGUAGCGUUGCUUCAGUGCCAUCGACGGUGGACCCGAGAGAGCCGAGACCUCCUGUCUCCCAUUCUCCUCCGGUACUUUCUACGCUAGCUAACUCUACUCAGGUCGCAGAAACCGAAGAAAGCCUUCGCAACCUACGGCUGUCCCUGGCCGGGUUCGAGAUCAAUAGGAAAAAGGACGACCACACCUCUGAUCGUCGGGCACACGAGAAAGAGGAGGCCGCGCCUAAGAAGAAGCCUGCCAACACGACCGAGGAGGAGAGAGAGCAUAGGCGUAGUAGUCAGCCAGCAGCCCCUCCGGGACGAAGGAUGGCUGUGUCCAUCUCCGCUGAGAUGGCGGAGGGCUUAAUCGCCAUCCUUGACGAGAUGUGUGGGAAGACCCCGAAGAAGAGUGACGGGAAAAAGAAGGACGACGGCAAGAAGAAGCACGAUGAUAAGAAGAAGCAUGACGGCAAAGACAAGAAACACGACAAGAGGGAUGAUGAUCAUAAGCCCAGAAAAGACGGCCAGACGCAGACUUAAGCAUUGAGCUUAAACAUGCUAGGUAAACACGGGGGAUAUAUACCUACCUAGGUUUCUUGAGGUCUCAUGCGUUGAACGGCACGUACAAAGUCAAGUAGGAUUGGAGCCACCGUUGAUCUGGCUUCCC